UGGUUGUGGUUUGAUCUCUUGGUUAGAAUCUAUCAGAAAGAAAGUGUCUUCUAGAAUCGCUGAUAUCGCGUGUGACAAGAUGCACGGAUUGUAAAAAUAGCCCGUUACGUGCGAUUGCGGUGUGAUUCAAUUCAUACUCAUAAGCUUGGAAUUAAGAUGUUUGCGCGUUAGGGUGAAUUUAUUGAAAACUGAAAAUCUAAAGUCUGUGUUAGCAAAGUAGUUCACAAUACUCGAAGAAAUUUAAACGAAAAAUGCAGUGGAGAUGGUUAAUUUUGACGGUAGCCGCCCUUUGGUUUCCUUCAGUACAAUCCCUGCAAGAAUCGACCCUGGAAAAGUCACUCCUGCAGCGGGAACAGAUGGUGAGAAAAUACCUCAAGAAACUGAAGAAAGAGGAAGGUGCCAUCAAGCUGGUCGGAGGUCGGGGAGAUUUUGAAGGAAAUGUGGAAAUCUUCCACAGCGGCAGGUGGGGCGGCAUAUGCGACGACGAGUGGGACUCGAGUGAGGCGGAAGUGAUCUGCCGGCAGCUAGGGUUCCCCGGUUUCGUCAAGGCAACCCACAGUGGCCACUUUGGCAUGGCGAAACGAAAAUUUUGGAUGGACAAUCUGUUUUGUGGGGGGAAAGAGAAGGAAAUAUCGCAGUGCCAUUUCGACGGUUGGGGUCACAAUGACUGUGAACCGAGCGAGGCUGCCGGUGUGAUUUGCAAGCAGGAAGUGGAACCGACUAGCACGGCCAAACCGGUUCCGGAAGUCUUCAAACCGAAGAAGGUUCGAUUGCAUCAGGAGUUGGACGUCCGGUUGGCCGGGGGACGUGUUCCUAGUGAGGGCCGGGUUGAGGUACGCCUGGGGCAGGAUGGUCCCUGGGGUACAAUUUGUGGAGAUGGGUGGUCACUGUUGCAGGGAAAUGUCGUCUGUAGACAGUUAGAGCUGGGCUAUGCGAAUGACGCCGUUCAGACUGAUUUUUUCGGAGGGGCCAAUAUUAGUGAGGUGAUUCUAAGUGGUACAGAAUGUUACGGAAAUGAGUCCAGCUUGGAUGAAUGCCUUCACCACGAGAUGGGGUGGAACAGUGGCUGCAGUGAACGGGGGAACCACGUGGCUGCGGUGACUUGUGUCGAGAAAAUGGCCGAUUUGGCGUUCGACCACGUGGAGAUGGAGCAAUCGAUGCAUCUCGAGGACCGGUUGAUGUAUCUGCUGCAGUGCGCGAUGGAGGAAAAUUGUGUCGCUUCACAGGCAUACGACAUCCAACGGGAUAAUCCAAACUGGCACCUGGAAACGCGUCGUUUGCUCAAAUUUACGGCACGUGUUCUUAACACCGGCACAGCCGACUUCCGGCCCCAUAUUCCGAAACAUCUUUGGGAGUGGCAUUUGUGCCAUAUGCACUAUCACAGUAUGGAGGUGUUUGCGACCUUCGACAUCUACAAUGCGGCUGGCAGGAAAGUGGCCGAAGGUCACAAGGCAUCCUUCUGCCUGGAGGAUAAUCAGUGUCUUCCCGGAACGGAACCGAAGUACGCCUGCGCCAACUACGGAGAUCAAGGAAUUUCCGUCAACUGUGCGGACAUCUACCGGUACAACAUCGACUGCCAGUGGGUCGACAUCAGCGAGCUGGAGUUCGGCCAGUACACGCUGAAGGUGGCCAUCAAUCCGGAGUUUAAGGUGCCGGAAAUGAGCUUCGACAACAACGCGGCGACUUGCGAGCUGACCUACACCGAAACGUACGCCAGGGCCUACAACUGCCAAAUGGAACGACCUUAACGUCUCAAGGGAAUAAACAUAACCAAAUGGACUAUUUCUUUCUGUAUUCAAGUGAAAACAUGGAUGUAACUUUUUGAAACAGGAUUUUUGUUUAAAUAUCGCUCUUUACUGUUUCGGUUUUUGCUAAAUAUAACAAGCAUUGCUCUAGUUAGAUUUAGAAAAAAUAAACAAGUCUGUGAGAGGACCGUCCUGUGUUGGUCGGCUGCGAUUUUCUUUUUUAUUCCUCCCGGAGGUUCAGAUAUCCGAUAUCCGAUAUCCGCGAAUGGUUAAUAAAUGUCUUUUAUCGAUCACGACCUCCUCGGGUGGGAUCGUCGUGUGCGCC